GCAGGCAGUUUUGAAGACCACCUCAAAAAUACUUUGUGGACAGCCCUGUGAGUUGAUGGGAAUGGGUUUUUGGGAAUUAUUCGAUUUGGCAACAUAAACUGUAACUCAAAAUUGUGCAAUGAAAGUCUAGCAAGAUACUGUACUUCAGUUUUCAAAACCAUCUGUAGUAGUACAGAAAUAGCUUUUGCUGACCAAAUGAUUACUGUUAGAAGGGAACUACCGUAGUCUUGAUUUUGAGCAGUAAUGUUGGGCAGCUAGAAAUUUGCAGAACAAUUCCUUCUUCACAGAGAAAAGGGCUUAUUUCUUACUUUCUGGUUUUUACAAUGUUCCUGUUCCAAAGAAUCUAGCUGUCGCCAUCAUCUUUUAAAAGCAAGCAACUUUGUAGAUUGGGAAGAAGAUGGAUGAUUAUAUUGAUUUGCCAGAAGAUUAUGGUCUAACCACAUCUUAUUACUAUGAUACGGGAGUAGCCCCAGUCCGCAUCUUGGCAGGGAAAUCAUUUGCAUCUUAUGUUGUGCCACCACUUUACUCUUUGGUGUUCAUCUUUGGCCUGCUGGGCAACUCACUGGUGGUUCUGAUCCUCAUCAGAUACAAGAAGCUCAAGAACAUGACCGAUAUCUACCUGCUCAAUUUAGCCAUCUCGGACUUGCUUUUCAUCUUCUCGCUCCCAUUUUGGGCUUAUUACGCAGCGCACGAGUGGAUAUUUGGAGAUGCAAUGUGCAAAAUUCUCUCUGGGAUCUAUUACGUAGGCUUCUACAGCGGAAGUUUUUUUAUCAUCCUUUUGACUUUCGAUAGAUACCUGGCCAUCGUCCAUGCAGUCUUCGCAUUAAAAGCCAGGACGAUCACCUAUGGCACCUUCACAAGUGUCAUAACUUGGGUUGUGGCCUUAUUAGCCUCUGUGCCAGAAUUUGUAUUUCACCAUGUUCAAACGGAAUCUGAGACCUACAAAUGUACCAUUCAUUAUCCUUCAAAAAAUGAAAAUGAUUGGAAGCAAUUUCUAACUUUAAUGAGGGUUGUCUUGGGCCUAGCUCUUCCCGCAGUCAUCAUUGUUUUCUGUUACAUGCAGAUUAUAAAGAUUUUGAUUAAGGGUAGAAAUGAGAGAAAGCAGAAGGCUGUCAAGCUUAUUUCUGUAAUCAUGAUUGUUUACUUCCUUUUAUGGAUGCCAUACAACAUCACUCUUUUGUUGCAGACCUAUCAAGAUUCAAUUUUCUCAUGUGGCUUAAAAAAUGAUUGUGAGGGAAAGUUAUCUGUAGCCAUUGGGGUGACAGAGAUAAUUGCCAUGAUCCACUGUUGCAUCAACCCUGUGAUCUAUGCCUUUGUAGGGGAAAAGUUUAGGAAAUAUCUCUCUAUCUUUUUCCAGAAGUGUACAUUAGUUCCUCUCUGUCCAGGUCGCGAUCACCCUAGUUUAGACCGGUCUACUUCCUCCUACAUGAGUACAACAGAACAUGAACUUUCUAUUGGUUUGUAA